AUGGCAGCAUUGAAGAGAGCAGACGGUUUUCUGGAUAUUGCCCUUACAGAAAAAUGCAAGGUACAUGUACAACAGGUCUAUGAGUUUGAGCGCUCACAAAAAUGGUUAAUUUUUUAAUACAAAAUAAUCUACUAGGAUGUUACCAGUGAAGAUCAUAAUGUAUUUUUAACUGUGCUAAUAAUUAGCACAUUCAGUGUAAGUCAUCUUUCCCUGAGUAGAAUUGUAGGAAUAACAAUUCGCACAAACGGAAUGUAUAAAGUUGCCAUCGUGAUAACACAUCUGCUGUACAUGUAGGUAGCCCACAGGAUCAUUGCUAGUUGGGUUUCAAACAACUCUUCCCUGAAGUUUGUCUGCCUCUCUUUUACAAAGAUGAAAAUCAAAUCUAUAUCAAAAUUUUGCUUUUUUGUUGAUUGUUUCACUUUUAAUGUAGGGUGUUAUAGUUCAAAAACGAGAAAAGAAGCCUUCCAGCAUGGCGACUGACAAAGGCACACAAGAUGAGCUAUUAACGUAUGUUUCCUUGAAUCAUCACCUGACUGUAUAAGUAGUGUUAGCUGUCAAUCAUAUAGAUAAUGUGAGCAUAGAUUAUAUUGCAGCCAAGAGCUGAGAUACUUUCAAUCACAACCUGUAUGGGUUUUUUUUGUUGCUGAAAAUCUGUAGGAUGGGUUGACCAUUUAGACCCUAAUAUCAGCUUGCCCAAUUGCGACUCUUAUAUUCUUAUGAGGGAAAUGUGUUUAUAAACCUUUAAAGUUUUUGGUAAUUUUUUUUUCGCAGGACAUUAUCUUUUUAUUUGAUGUGCAGUGUUACUUUAAUUAAUCAAUUUCUUGACACAUGGGUGAAAAGUUUGUGUACAUUAUUGAAGUACAAGAGAAUAAAUAAGGUCUUGGGAUUCUGUAACAUAAUGGCCAUUUAUACAGGGAAAAGUAAGAUGCAGCUUACAUAAGACAUGUCUUAAAUAAGACACAAACUGUACUAUUUACAGGGCAUCUGACAGGAUGCGGUGGUGCGGAUCCGCAUAAUUGACCAACUUCCGCAUCCUCCGCAUCUUGAGGGCAUUUUUCCGCACAAUACUAAAAAAUUGCUCCAUAUAAGCAAAGGUGGAAUUGCUUACCGUCCUCAGAAGCAAAAUUAGUGAAGAGAUUGAUCAUUUUGAAGAAAUAUUUUGCCCAAAUCAGCGAGAAAAUACUCUGUUUGUUCGUUGCUUGUUCGUACACCACAUUUUUUAACCCCCCAGGCGUUCCAUGCACUUUCUGGGGUGUCCUGGAAACUAGUUUUUUAUAAUGCUAAUUUCUAUUGGAUAGAUGGCGUUUGUAUUUUAGCCAAUAGCAGGAACUGAUAGAAACUGCGUUUGAUACGAGCGCGGGAAAGUCGAACGCGAGAGACGGCCUUUGAAAACAUGUAGAUCUGUUUAAAUCGAUCUGUUUAGUAAAGUGUAUUUUCUAGAGUCUCUUUCACUCCUUCUGUUGAGUACGGAUGAUAACAAGCAUUAUGUUUAAAAGAUGUAAUGAACUCAAAUUCUUGGUAAGAGCUUGUUGAUAUUUCCGUUUAUCGUUUUUACCGUACUUUGCGUUGAAAUGAGCGGCGUAGGCGUGAUUGUUUUGUUAGAAGUGAGCGGCGAAGCCGUGAUCGUUUUUUUAGAAAUGAGCUGCGAAGCCGCGAUCGUUUCGUUGGAAAGUUCCGCAUAAUAUGUUGUCUUUUCCGCAUAAUUGGCACUUUCUUCCGCAUAAUAUUGCCUGAAAUUUCCGCAUAAUUUUUCAUUUUUUUCCGCACCCUGUCAGAUGGCCUGUAUUUAUACCAUCCAGCAUAGUCUUUGCUGAGUCACGUCUUAUUUAAGACAUGAAAACGUGUCUUUUUCCUCUAAUAAAUGGCCCUAAUUGUUUCUAAAAAUUGAGAUACUUACCAGUAAGUGAAUAACAUUCUUUCAUUUUUUGUUGUUUGUUUUUUUGUGUACAUAGGUAUCAAGAAUUUUACCCAUUUUUACUAGAACAACACAAGAAAGGCCCAUAUGUAGAGUUUCCAUCCUUUGACAAGGUACAAUGUAGUUUAUAAAUAAAAUUCCUGUAUGCAUGGACUACGCUGUACAUAUACACUGUAGGUACCGUGGUUUUUGGUGAGGCCAGAUUUGGCCUAUAGUUCAAUGGUGUGAGGGAAAGAUAAAACCAUAGCACUCACUAGGAAGGACAAGUGGAAAUAAUAUCCACAAAUGAAUAAUAUUAUGGAACUGCAAAUGCAUCUUCCGUGUAUCAUGAUUGAGGUAUUGUAAAGAUAUCUUGACAGCAAAAUUCAGAAAGUAAUAAUAAUAUUAUGACUAGACGUUUUAGAAUUAUAAUGAGUUUGUCAGUAUGUUAUGUGUAUAGGCUGUGGAUGAGUUUUUCUCAAAGAUGGAAGGACAAAAGAUUGACUUAAAGGCACUGUCCCAAGAAAAAACGGCACUUAAAAAACUAGAAAAUGUUAGGAAUGAUCAUCAGAGAAGAAUUGAGCAGUUACAAAAGAAUCAGGUUAGUUUUCAGCUUUUAAACUUGAUUUUGUUAUCUAUAAUAAAUAUUGUUAUGUAGCGAUGCAAAUUGGAUAUAAAAUGAUAUUACCAAAUUUUGUGCAUUUAUGGUUCUGUAAAACUUCUCAGCGACCCCUCCCUAAUCCAAAAUUUGCUGGAAGUGAGAAGUAAGUGUUUGUAUUGGGUUAGGGGAGGCCUCGGAGGGGUAAGUCAAAGUGGGAGGUUUGCUGUUCUACAAAAAGUGAAAUAAUGAUAAUAUGGUGCAGUAAUAUGGGCACUAAAAGAGCUAGUGGGAAAGACAUAACUAGAGAUAACUGUAAAUUGCGAUAAAGCUAUCAUGAUUUUUCCCCUCUCUGCUCCAAAAAACAUAAAAAAUAAAAAGAAAGGGGGAUCUAAGAUUAUCAUUUUAGUGACAUUAAUAAUGUUUCUGUACGGAUGUUUUUGUGACUAACUUGUUCCAGGACCUUGNGAUGAGUUUUUCUCAAAGAUGGAAGGACAAAAGAUUGACUUAAAGGCACUGUCCCAAGAAAAAACGGCACUUAAAAAACUAGAAAAUGUUAGGAAUGAUCAUCAGAGAAGAAUUGAGCAGUUACAAAAGAAUCAGGUUAGUUUUCAGCUUUUAAACUUGAUUUUGUUAUCUAUAAUAAAUAUUGUUAUGUAGCGAUGCAAAUUGGAUAUAAAAUGAUAUUACCAAAUUUUGUGCAUUUAUGGUUCUGUAAAACUUCUCAGCGACCCCUCCCUAAUCCAAAAUUUGCUGGAAGUGAGAAGUAAGUGUUUGUAUUGGGUUAGGGGAGGCCUCGGAGGGGUAAGUCAAAGUGGGAGGUUUGCUGUUCUACAAAAAGUGAAAUAAUGAUAAUAUGGUGCAGUAAUAUGGGCACUAAAAGAGCUAGUGGGAAAGACAUAACUAGAGAUAACUGUAAAUUGCGAUAAAGCUAUCAUGAUUUUUCCCCUCUCUGCUCCAAAAAACAUAAAAAAUAAAAAGAAAGGGGGAUCUAAGAUUAUCAUUUUAGUGACAUUAAUAAUGUUUCUGUACGGAUGUUUUUGUGACUAACUUGUUCCAGGACCUUGAUAUGCUUAAAGCUGAGCUGGUGGAGCUGAAUUUGGAACUGGUAAGCUGUUAAAAGAGCAUUGCCGCAUAAUUGUACACAAAUUCAACUUUUAAUGUUACUGUGAUGCGCACUGGCUCGGUGAUGUAAAGGAAUAUACCCUGUGCAGGGGAUGGCAAAGAAAUCUACCAAAAGUCGGAUACAGUGUUGUUGUUUUUGAUGAAGAAACCAACUUUUGGUUGACGUUGCUGCUUUUCCCGUUGUUGUUUUUGUUAAUUAGGCUAUUAUAACACAGCCAAAAACUCAGAGUGUACGAACUUGUACAUGUAUCGACACAAUAUUGAGAAAGACUUAAAAACUGUUCAAAUUGUCAGUAAGUGUAUCUUAAGUUUCAACUUUUAAUUAUAACGCUCGCAAUCUUACAUUUAGUAAUUUUUGGACACGAGACUUUGAUGUUGUUAUUUAUGUUUAUAUAUAUAUAUUUCUUCGCUUAAGUUAAGUCUUCAAUAGACAAUAAUAAUUGACUAGACUGCCACUACACCAAUAAUAAUUAAAAUUCUACCUAAGAAAUUUAUGCCUUAAUUGCAAAGUAACCUGUCCGUUUCAACUUUUUUAAUCUCUAGGUUGACAAGGCCAUCUUGAUUGUUAAUAGCGCCAUUGCCAAUCAAAUUGACUGGUCCGAAAUCAACAGUAUUGUUAAAGAAGCUCAGGCACAGGGUGACCAGGUGGCCUGUGCAAUUGGAGGGCUAAAACUGGAAACCAACCAUAUCACCAUGAAUCUCAGGUCUGAUAUCUGUUUUGUUGAAUGCAGCUUUAGACCACGUCCAUACGAAUCUGCAUAGUUAUGAAACCACAUUUAUUUUACACGAAUUGGCCCUCCAUCUGUAGGAAACUAGUUUGGUUUAAGGCUCCAUCCAGUCGAAUCUGAGUAAAAAUAUCCCCAGUUUCUAAAAUUUCCAGAUUCCUGUGGACGAGGCUUUAGUUUAGUCAUCUUAUGCCAAGUGUAGCUUCUUUAUUUAUCAUGAAGUAUAAUCUCAGAAUGAAGAAGAUUGAUUGAGGGAUUGGUAAUCCCUUGUUAGUUUCCCAAUUCUGAUUUUGAUGUGGUAGAAACAAACCGUAUCACUGCCAUACCUACAGUGUUUAUAUCAGAUUGGCAUUUUGUUAAAGUAUGGGCCCUUUACAUGAAACGAUCACAUAGAACAAAAACACCUUACUAGAUGGCAAACAACGUAGUGGGUAAGAGCAUCAUCCAAAAAGCUAACACCCUUUCCUUUCAAAGUCCCACUGCGUUGCUUGCGAUCCUGCAAGAUGGUUCGUUUUGCACCGUGUGACCGUUUUGUGCAAAGAGCCCAUUCUUCAGAAAGAUUUUUCUCCGGGUACUCUGGGUUUCCCCUCUCCAACUUUUCCAAAUUCCAAUACUACCAGGAAUCAGGUAGACGAAGAAACACUUUGUGGAUGUGCUACCUCCAAAUCAUUAUUUAUUUAUUUAUUUAUAAACAGAAAUCCGUAUGAUUUUUCCGAUUCUGAUUCUGACUUUGAUGAGGAAGAAGACGACAAAAAAACCAAAAAGAAAAAGAAGAAAAAGGUAAGCCGAGGAGAUGGUUUCGGGCUGUUGUUUUCGUUUUUGCCCCGCUGUUAUUUUUUACUAUUGAUCUUAGAAACUCCGGAACGUCAAGAUCACAACUAUAAGGUUUUUCAUUUUAUUGAGGUACUUCAUAAGACCCAAGUUAUUUUUUGUUUAGACCUAGACAAAUAGCAAAACUGAAAAUCUUCUCUCAUCUCAUCGUUUGCUGUAUCUGUUCGUUUUAUCUCUGCGUUGUUUUUGUUAUAAAAGUCACGCAUCACAGUGUUCCUUUUCUUUUUCACUCAGGGCCCCAAGUUUACCAAGGUCGAUAUUAACCUUGCUUUAUCAGCAUAUGCUAACGCACGAAGGUAAGAUGGUUCAUUGAAAAGACAGCACGGCGUGAAAUGGAAACAGGGUUUAUAUAUAGUCUAACACGCAUUAAUUCUUUUCACUGUCUAUUCUUCCUAGCGGUAGGCCGGUGAUGGCUUUUUUUAAAAUUUUUAUUCGUUUACUCUUCGGUAUUCUCUCCCUUAUUUUUCUUCACUUAGUUUUUAUGACAAGAAAAAGUUCUCUUCCAAAAAAGAACAAAAGACGAUAGACGCAUCAGAAAAGGUUAGUUUUCUAACAGACUGUAAAACACUUGAAGAGCUAGUGUUCUAUAUUGCUUCUUGUUCGCUCUUCGACACGCUUUUAGAAGGAGCGAUGAUUAUAUUUAUAUAAUGUAUAUAUAUAAUAGAUGAAUUUGGUGAAACGAUCAGUCACCUUUCGUGUCUCGUUCAUUAGUUUUUUCCUUGGGAUAUCUGCAUCCUGAUAAUAACUCAGGACAUGAACGCUUCGCUCGAUGUCCUUUGAAAUGCUUUUUCCUUUCUUUGUAGGCUUUGAAAUCAGCAGAACGAAAAACAAAAGAAACUCUUAAAGAAGUGGAAACAACGACUAGAAUAAAGAAAGCAAGGAAGACCUACUGGUUUGAAAAGUUCUUCUGGUUUAUCAGUUCAGAAAACUACCUAGUUAUCGGCGGCCGCGAUCAGCAACAAAAUGAGCUGGUAGUGAAAAGACACUUGGAACAAGGUAAAGUGUUUGUCUAGCAGUGGAAAGGAAGGGUAAUCAGCAUCAAAUUUCUCCUGGUUGUAUCAAUACUUUAUAAAACGGAAGGCAUGGCUACGAGAAUUAAGCAUGUGAUCACCCAAGUAAACUGAUUUAAUUGACCUGAACACCGCCGUUUGCACAUCUCCCAUAAUACUCCUUGUCUGCCCCCCAAAAACUUUGUAUAAGCUUCGUUUUUAGUUUAUCCUGGGUAUUACAGUUGUUCCCGAGAAAUUAAAGACAAAGCUUGUGCGAAAUUUUUGGGAGCAAACAAGGUGGAUUGUGGCAAAUGGAGAAUUGUAUGGAGACUACAAAUGAGAAUUUACAUUUCGAUAAUGGGAUUUAAACGGUUAAUGAUAAUAACAGGUGAAAUAUUGGUCUUCUUACGAACCUGGUAAGUGGGACCAUGCUUAAUUUUCGAUUGUAUUCGAGCCUUAAAGACUUUGCUGUACCGAUCGGGUGCCGUAACCACUGAACAACUGAGAUACUUUAAUGCAGCGAGGUAGAGCUAUAGAUUAUUUACUCUGUUUGAACAUGUAUGUGACAAGCAUUUUGCAUGAUGUGAGGAUCAGCAAGGCGGGGGCAGGAAGUGGGGGCUCGGUAAGCAAACGAGAAUGAUUCUAGGUGUCCCAUAGACUUGCCUACAAGUCGAGCUCAAUUUUUCUCACGAGCGCGAAAGCUUUGGGACCAACUACCGGAACCGGAAAUGAGAAGCGAAGGACUUUGAGAAAGUCUAGGUGUCCCAUAGUCGUGUCAUAUGAUGAGCAAAAUGAUUUACCUUUUUCAUUUCGUACCGUUUUUCCAUACUCACCAUCCAACAGGGCGCGUUUGAAAUUCAAAACAUGAGUACUUAACAUUUAAUGCAUUAAACACGCCCUUAAAUUGUAAGCUCUAAUUUGAUUACUUUUCUGCACAGGUGACCUGUACGUUCACGCAGAUCUUCAUGGCGCUACCAGCGUCGUAAUAAAGAACCCUACAGGCCAGCCCGUCCCUCCAAAGACCCUGAACGAGGCAGGAUGCAUGGCAGUGUCCUACAGCGCUGCCUGGGAGGCCAAGAUAGUGACGUCAGCAUGGUGGGUACAUCAAUCACAGGUGUCUAAAACAGCACCCACAGGAGAGUACCUCACCACAGGGAGCUUCAUGAUAAGGGGCAAAAAGAAUUUUUUACCACCAUGUUACUUGAUGAUGGGCUUUGGAUUCAUGUUCAAAUUGGACGAAACUUGUAUUGAAAAUCACUUGAAUGAGAGACGAGUCCGAACUGUGGAAGAUACCGAGUCUGUCGGGGUGAGUUCAUGAUGACUUGCAAUAUUAUUCACCGGCAUAUACCUUUAUUCAACACUUUCCGUCCCUUCGGUUUAUGGUUAUCCUUUGCUUGUCGUUAUCUUGGUGAACCUUGUUAGUUCCCCAAUAUCAACUCGUCGCGAGAUCAGCAUUGUUGAACGCCGACUUACCUUUCUUCUCCGUUUCCAUAGUCACUACGUAUCUUGACCAUAAGUGUUCUAGGUCUUCUGUUGAGUAUUGAUAGGAAUUUAACGGUUGCCUGGGAGUGAUUUCUGACUGGCUGAACAAAUCCCGCGCCAAAUGCUCGACCAGUCAUGAGUAAACGAAAAGCACCCGUGACUAUUCAAACUCGUUUUCCCCGCGCUUGCUCACUUUUUGAUGUGCGUCUAGUCUUGCAGUACGCAGCUGAAACCGCUGUAACAUGUAACGUUGAAAUUACUUCUUUUAUACCACUACAUGAGAAAUUUCUGCAACUUGAUUGGCUUAGAGUAGUGGUAUUUCAGCUUAACUUAAAAUGCCUACAUGUGAAAAUUACAAACCUUUUGCGGGUAUAACAGCAUAAUUUGUACGUGAUAUUUGGCAUAAAUACUACUUGUGAUAUUUCAAAAUUGUCUCAAAUUUCACGCGCCUAACGGAUUGUGAAAUUACGUACAACAAUUUUGAAAUAUCACUCGUGGUAUUUAUGCCAAAUACCACUACUAAUCAUGCUAUUACCUAUACUAAUCGCGAGCGAGCGAAAACAAAAUAGUACUUAAUCCCCUUAACAGAUUGACAAAUACCACGUGAAUGUAAACAGUGCUAAUUCACCGUUGAAAUUUUGCUGCCUAAACCUUUUAAAGGACACAGAAGUCGAAGAAGAGAUUUCAGUGCAGGACGAGGACAGUGACCGUGAGGAUAACGAUCAAACAAGCUCGGCUGCACAACAAACAACGCAUCAGGAAGAAGAUGAAGAUACAGAGGCGAGUCUGUUCCCUGACACAAGCAUCGAUCUGCAGCUCACUAGAGAAGGAAAGUAAGUUUACAUACAGUCCCCUCUAACUAAUCUCGAACCCAGAUCUUUUCGGUUUCGAGGGUAUCGUCGGCAAGAGGUCUGGGUAGGAGAUGAUCUUCAAACUGAAGACGUGCAAAUUUUCGUUUUUAUCAACCGAGUUGAUAAGGUAGAUUGCGCACCGCAAGGGCUGAGAAGCUGAAGUUUCGAGCGAUAACCCUUCGUCAUUGCGAAUCCAAGGCUCUCGCUGUCUGCGAUAGCUUUUGUUGGUAUGGAAGUGGCUGUGAUGUAGAUUGAUGGCGGCCUGUUUCCUCUGAGGCGUGUACCGCCAGGUUUUACAAAUGCGGCGCUGGCUGGUUUGAUACUCAUCAAGUAGAUGUCCGAAAGUGUAAACGUUCAGAUUAGAGGUUAACGCUCGAACGCUGCCUUUUUUUCUUGAUGGCUUAUGUUACCUUAUCGCUUCUGUUGAUAAAACCGAAAUUGCUUUGUUUUUUCAAAUUGUUGCCUUUUGCUUUUGCUUUGCAACCUAAUAGGAAGCGGGUGUCGUUUAUAAAUAUUGACACGCUCUGUGUAGAACGCAGAGAAGUGGCCAAAGCCCUCAAGAGCCGCGAUCAUGGGAUACAAAAACCCCCGUGCGUCGAGACGAGACACGUAGUAUUAAGGAUUUUAAUGGCAUGAAGUCAAAUUCUGUAAAAGAAGGGUUUGUUUUCUAAACAGCUCUGACCGGGAUCAAGUUCAGUACGUGUAAGCACAUCUUGUCCGAGCUUCCUACAUCGAAUAGUAUGUGAUAAUUGAAUGGGAGGUCGGUGAAAGGCUGAGAAAAUAUAUACAUGUAAGCAGUGCGCUGCCACUGUGCUUGAGCUUUAAACGCUCAUUUUUGACGACGGGGACGCAUGGGACCGGAGAGUUCCCUCUACUUCGUCGUGUUUUAGUAAACAGUUUUUGAAUCUUGAAUCUGUUUUCCUAGAAUUCAACUUCAGCGGGGAACAAGUAGAAGUAGCAGUCGAAGAGACAGUGAAGACGGUAACGGUGCUCCACUGGAAGAAAAUAAACAGGUAUAGAUGAGCGAAAAAUGUUUGACCAUUAAUUGCGUGGCGGAUGGGUAGACGUUGUAUGUAAAAUAUGGAGGUUUCUUUCUCCGUACUUCUGGGUGGGGCUUAGUCAGCUUCAGGUUUGGUGUCAGCAGUAUGAUGUAUUUUCUGAUGAAUUCAAGGAAUAUCGUUACUUGAAAAAUUGUACAUCGUGUGCUUUUAUUGUUUAGUACGUGUCUGAAAAACAUAGAAUACUGCAGAACCUAACCGCGGCAGGUUUACUCCAGUCGGUGGUGCGCUUAACCGCGGAGCGGGAGGUCUUGGGUUUGAUUCCCGGGGCCGGUCCAAUACUCUGGGUCUUUCACUGAGAAAUUAAGGUACCUCCUUUUUCUUGUAAGCGGCUAGGCCUUCACGUGGUCAGGAUGACCACGUAAAAUGGCGUUACCGUCUCCAUUAGGAGACGUAAAUAGUGUCCGCAAUUAGUACUUUCGUGCUAAAUGCAUGGACUCUCAAAUAAAGUGUUUUUUUUUUAAAUCUCCAGAUUGCAAGUAAACAGCGCCUGUCAGCAAAACAAAGAAGGUAUUAUCCCUGCCACGUACACUGUUUAUUUUCAGUUUAUCGUUUUCAGUAACAAAACCAACGAGGCUUUUUGUAGAAAACGCAUUUUAAAACAGAGAGCUUUCUUGCUGGCUACCAAAUGAGCGCCGGCUGGUAGUCGAGCCCGACGUCACAAAUCCUAUUGCAGGCUCUUAGGGCCUGUUUACAUGGAGGUGGGGGACCCCAGAAAGGUGAGGUAACAUGUGGCGGGUCACCCCACCUAUCAUGUAAACGUGAUCAUUGAGAUUAUAUGGACAGGUGGUUUACCUCUCUUAAGGGGGUUACCUCGCCUCGCUGGCCCCAGUUUUCACACGAGUCUUUACCCUUUGUGGCGCGCCCUAAUUUAGAGGAGAGAUCAUUUCUAACCAGCUUCGAAACAGGGAAAGGGGAUUAUUAAUUCGUCAGUCCUCGUUUGUGGUCCUUUCUGUUGUGUUUUUUGUGGUGUAUAUUCUGUGCUGCGUUUUGACUAGGUAACGUUUUUUUUUUCCAGUUAGUAUUCUGUUGAAAGUUACGUUUUAUUCACUGAGUUAAAUGUGUGACUCUUCAUGUAUAUUUCAGUUUCGUCUAAAUCCCCGGGCUCUUACAGACUUCUUUUGUUUUUCUUAAAGAGACAACCGAAAGAAUGCCAAACAAAGUGGAGGGGAUUCUCUGGCGGAGGUUGACGAUCAAGACGAGAACACUGACGACAGACGAGGAGACGCACAGGAAAAUAAGGUACGUCUGACAUUGGUUCAUGGAGAAAAGACAACUGGAAAUACGUCUUUACGAUUUGCAAGCCUUUCUCUUUCCACUUUACGGUGAUUAUUCGUUUCAGAUCUGUCCACCCGAGUUUGAUAUUUAUUCCAUUUACUAACUUACCCAAACUAUAGGCUGUUCACGAUAUUCUUUUUCGACAGAAAUCUAGUAAAGCAAGUCAACAGCAGCAGCAGCAGCAACAACAACAACAACAAACGAAGAGAGGAAAAAAGGUAGAUAUUAACUAGGCCUGUCUCAGGGAGCAGAACUGCAAUUCUCGUGUUUCUAGUCAGUCACAAUUUGAAGUGUUUCUCGCUUCUCGCUCAUUAGCAUUUUUGCAUGAAAAAAUUAUAUUUUUGUGAUUUGCAACACCUGCUAGCUUAUUAGUUCGCACUGCAUCGGAACUAGACUCUAGCUAGACUCCAGUUGUAUAGCAAUUUCGGUUGUGCUUUCAAGUAGCGUACGUUUUUUCAGUUUCUAGUAAUGUAAACUAAAAUUGCUUUUCUGGUCUUUAACAGGCAAAACUUAAAAAGAUUAAGGAAAAAUAUGGCGAACAGGAUGAAGAAGAAAGACAGAUGAAGAUGGAAAUAUUGGCGGUAAAAACUCUUCUUUUUUUUCUACAGCUUGUUUCGAAGCGCUUUUUUCUAUUCCGGUUAUAUUACCCCUCGGAUAUAAGUCCCUCCGUUAAUAAGCCGUCCUAAAACCCCUUACGAAGAUGUAUAAGACCAGAGCUUAUAAGCGGCAGUUUACGAUAUUCAUAAUCCCCCUCGGAUAUAAGCUCCUCCGUUUAUAAGCCCUCCUAAACCCCUUGUGAAGAUAUAUACGUCCAGUGCUUAUGGGCUGGUGUUCUCAGUCGUUUCUCCUGACAUAUUCGUUUGUGUUUAAGUCUGCUGGUCCUGCAAAGGAGAGCAAAGCCGACAAAAGGAAGAAAGAAAAGAAGGGUAACAGGGCAGGAGGAGCCAACAGGCCGGUCAGCGGUAAACCCAACAACAGAAACACGCAGUCAACCAGUGCACAGUCAGAACAAAUCAAGGGACUCUUAGAUCCGGAAAAUAACGGACAAGCUACGAAGGUGCUCGGAAAGACAAGUGAAAAUGAACUAGACUUUCCGGAUAAUGCUGCCGGUGAUCCGGGAAAUAACGGACAA